AUGAACCCAUGGUCUAGUUACCUGCUGGGAGGGAUGACCUUCCUCCUCUGUUCCUGCGAGACAAGUGGAGGUGAGAAAGAGGCAACAUGUGUUUUUCCCUUCACCUACAAGGGAGAUGUUCACUUCACUUGCACCAAAGUCAAUAGCUUCUACCCCUGGUGUGCAACCAGAGCAGUUUAUGACGGCAGAUGGAAGUACUGCAUGACAGAAGAUUAUCCACGAUGUGUCUUCCCCUUCAUCUAUCGAGGAAAGUCCUAUGAAAGUUGCAUCACGGAUGGUGGCAUCUUAGGAAAGCUGUGGUGCUCAGUCACCUCCAGCUUUGAUGAGAAGCAGCAGUGGAAAUACUGUGAAAUGAAUGAGUAUGGAGGAAAUUCUUUAAGCAAGCCCUGCAUCUUCCCUUCCACCUACAGAAAUAAUGUGGUCUUUGAAUGCCUUGAGGAUGAAAGUAACAAGCUCUGGUGCCCAACCACAGAGAACAUGGAUAAGGAUGGAAAGUGGAGCUUCUGUGCUGACACCAGGAUUUCCACAUUGGCUCCUGGCUUUCCCUGCCACUUUCCAUUCAACUAUAAAAACAAGAAUUAUUUUAACUGCACUAGCAAAGGAUCAAAAGACAACCUUCUAUGGUGUGCAACUUCUUACAACUAUGACAAGGACCACACCUGGGUGUAUUGCUGAUAUUAAGGAGAGGACAAACAUCUUCAGAGGAAGACUACCAUACUGAGGCUGGAACCUGCUUCACCUUUUUUUAAAUCAUGUCUUUCAAGCUUAGAUCACCUUUAGAAAUACCUUCUCCACCCUUGCUUAAUCUCUCAGCCCUUUGUGAAGAACAAAGAGAAUACGUGGCAUA